AUGAAAUUACUAUCACUUUUACUUUUCCUAUUUGUGAAUUUCCCCAUAUUAAUUAAUGCACAAGACUACUAUAAGAUAUUAGGCGUCAAUAAAGAUGCAAAUGAUAAAGAAAUUAAAUCUGCUUAUAGACAAUUAUCCAAAAAAUACCACCCUGAUAAAAAUCCGGGAGAUGAAGAAGCACAUAACAAAUUUAUAGAAGUUGGCGAAGCUUAUGAUGUAUUGAGCGAUUCAGAAAAGAGAAAUAUAUAUGAUCAAUAUGGUGCAGAUGCUAUAAAGAACGGCGGCAACGGUCAGAGACCAGGUGGUGGUGGUUCUCCUUUCCACGAUCCAUUCGAGAUGUUCGAGAAGAUGUUUAAUGGUAACCCAUUUGGCGGUGCUGCACGUGGAGGACCUGGUGGAAGAGGUAGACCGAGAGGUCAAAAUUUGUUGCUUAGAGAAGAAGUUUCAUUGAUGGAUUUCUAUAAUGGCCGUGAAUUCAAAUAUAAUUUACAAUUGAAUGAUUUUUGUGAGAAAUGUCAUGGUACUGGUUCAAAAGAUGGUAAAGUGACAAGAUGUCCAGAUUGUCAAGGACGUGGUGUUAUAGUACAAGUUAUUCAAAUGGGUAUAAUGACACAACAGAUUCAACAUGUCUGUGAUAGAUGUAGUGGUUCAGGUGAAAUAAUAAAGAAUCCCUGUCCACAUUGUCACGGACAUAAGGUUGCUAAAAUGGAUAAAGAAUUUACUGUUAAAUUACCAAACGGGGCACAAAGAAAUUAUGUGGAUAUCAAACACGGUGAAGCAGAAAAGGGCGCUGACUUUGAUGCAGGUGAUCUAAUGUUUGAAUUUAGAGAAAAUUCAAUGAAUAAUAUGGGUUACAGAAGACGUGGUGACCAUCUAUAUAGGACGGAAGUAUUAUCUGUCCAGGAGGCAUUAAAAGGUGGAUGGGAAAGAGAGCUUGAGUUUUUUGAUAAAGAUAAGAAUGUUAAGUUGAAGAGGGACGCCAAUCAAGUAGUAAUAACUGGGGAAAUUGAGUGUGUUCCCGGUUUUGGGAUGCCUAUAUUAAACUCUCAAGGUAGAAAGUUCGGCGAUCUAUUCAUUGAUUAUGUCAUAUUAAUGCCCCAAGAGUUUAAAAAUACUAAAUUUACUGACGAAUUAUAG